ACAACUUUACUGCUGUCAUACAGGCACUGGGUGGCGCUGUUAACUGUUAUUUGUUUAUCUACUACUUGGAAAAUCCUUUUAAAUGAGCCACAGUCUGGAGCUGUACGGUAGUUGUCAUGACGUGUCUGAUGUCGGACUGGUCGCUUUCCAGUCAACACAGUUGCUGACUAGCAAGAAACCAACAAGUUAGCUUCCCGGCAGGCGAAACACGAUUCACCUAGUCUGGAAAACGUUAUAAUGAGGUGGUGACCCUGGGAUGGCCAGGCCAUGAGAUGAUUGCAGCUUGGCACAAGAAGAAGACAGGGCCAAGUGACUGAGUCAGAAGAAUGGGCAGGAGUGUCUGGGGCUUCUGGCAAAGCAUCUUCUCUACUGCUGUGCUCUAUGGUUCUUUGGCCUUAUUCAUUUCCAUCUUGCACAAUGUGUUCCUGCUUUACUACGUGGAGACGUUCGUAUCAGUCUACAAGAUUGAUAAAAUCUCUUUCUGGGUGGGAGAGACCAUAUUCCUGAUAUGGAACAGUGUGAAUGAUCCCCUGUUUGGCUGGCUGAGUGACCAUUCCUUCCUCAGCUCUCCUCAAUCAGGGUCCCAGAUCACAUCUCCAGAGGUGGUGCUGAAGCGGCUCAAAGCCCUCUCCAGGAAUGGCCCUCUCUUUGCUCUGUCUUUCUUGGCCUUCUGGGUAUCCUGGGCCAGGCCUGGUCUACAGUUCCUGGUGUGCCUGUGCCUGUAUGAUGGCUUCCUCACCAUGGUGGAUCUCCACCACAGCGCCCUGCUAGCUGACCUUGCUGUGUCCGCUGCUGACCGCACACGCCUCAACUUCUAUUGCUCAGUGUUCAGCGCUCUGGGUUCCAUCUCUGUGUUUCUGUCCUACUCCGUCUGGGACAAGGAAGACUUCUACUCAUUCCGUUUGUUCUGUGUGGCCUUGGCAGCUUUUUCAGUCCUGGGCUUUGUCUCAGUGUCCCGGAUGCUCCGCCGUCGGUUUCAAAAUGAAGUCCGACCGAAACAAGAUGAGGCGCUGACCCUCAAAGAGCUGAAUGUUGGCCAUGCUCCACUUACCCAGCCAGAAAAACCUGUCACUAUUGGACAAUACCUGAGGCAGCUCUCCAGACACAGGAACUUCAUGUGGUUUGUGUCAAUGAACCUUAUUCAGGUGUUUCACUGCCAUUUCAACAGCAACUUCUUCCCUCUUUUCCUGGAACAUCUCUUGUCUGAUAACAUAUCUGCCUCUACAGGUUCUAUCUUGCUUGGCAUCUCUUACAUUGCCCCCCACCUGAACAACUUGUAUUUCCUGACACUGUGCCAGCGCUAUGGGGUUUACCAGGUUAUCCGCUGGCUAUUUAUGCUCAAACUGGGACUUAGUGUGGCUAUGCUGCUGGCAGGGGCUGACCACAUUUAUCUGCUGUGCAUCUUCAUUGCUAGUAACCGAGUGUUUACAGAGGGGACAUGCAAACUGUUGAAGCUGGUCAUCUCGGAUCUGGUGGACGAAGACUUUGUGCUGAAUCGACGGCACCAAGCCACCUCUGCACUGCUCUUCGGGAUGGUUGCCUUGUUGACGAAACCUGGCCAGACGUUUGCUCCUCUAAUUGGCACCUGGCUGCUGUGUGUUUACACAGGUUAUGAUAUUUUUGAGAGGAAGCCUGAUAAGGACUCGUUGGUUUCGGUGCCUGACGUUGCCUCCGGCGUAGGGACUCCACCCCUCCGUCUGGGUUGCUUCUACAUGCUGGUCUUUGUGCCUAUCACCUGUGCCCUGCUGCAGCUCACUGCCUGGUCUCGCUUCACACUUCAUGGACGCAAGCUGCAAGGAAUCAAGACCCUGCGGCAAGGAGCCCAACACGGCCACCUUAUUGAUGUCAAGGCCAUUUGAAAUAACCAGUGCAGGGAAGUUGCACAGAGACACUUUUUGUCAGUAAUUAGUGUCGGAUUGAAUCAGAAAAUUGCCUCAAUGUCUGCAUCCGGGCGAGGAUCUGAAGUCUCACACAAAGGAAGCUUUGUACACAGCCAGAAAUGGACAGCAGGCUGACAAAAUCCCAUUAGGGAAACAAAUGAGACAAUUUAAAAAAAAAAAAAAAAGAAAGAAACAUGCCUUACAUUUUAUAUUUAUAAUAUUGACUUAUAUUUAUAUUUGAACAGAUGACCAAAAGAUAAAGUACACUCAAUCACUUUG